UAAGCAUGAAUUGGCUCCAGUGGAAGCUGAUAGGAGCUGGUAGCCCAUGUGCAUUACAGGGCUGGCUGAUCAAUAAUAAUUCAGGGAUAGAGUGGCGUGGCGUCAACUGAGAAGUAUUUCAGGGCUUGAUCAGUUCUGCUUUUCCGUGGGGACUGUAGUGUAAUCUUCACUUAUAAAGACAUGUGAUCUGAAAGCCUGAGGCAGAACAAUCCUUGUUUUCACAGGAGGAGCUUUUCUUGGCUGCAAAAGCUUUUACAUCCUCAUCUUUCUUUCUAAAAGCUGUGUCUUCUCCACAAAAUUUUAUCCUUAAAAAAAAAAAAAGACGAGCUUAGGAUGGCAACAACAUCACAGUCUCUGCGUGGUAAAAUGACAUGUAAAAAAAUAUUUUGGGCAGUGUUUCCUCAUGCCUGCUUCAUUGUGUCUCUUGUCAUCUAUGCUUUUCUUGGGGCUCUCAUGUUUUACCACAUUGAAGGUACCCGGAAGGCCACAGUAAGUGAAGAAUACAGAACAUUUCUGCACAAGCUGAUGUACCUCGCCAGAAGGUUAUCAGAUAACGGGACAGAUAACGUGACAGUGAAUGAGAAGUUUAACAAUGACAUCCGUGAGCUUUUCAACACAGCUGACCCGGUCUGGUUUAUCAAUCCACAAGAAAGAUGGAGUUUCUUUGGGUCUCUCUUUUUUUGCUGCACAGUAUUCACAACAGUGGGUUAUGGUAAUACCUAUCCUGUGACACGGAUUGGGAAGUAUCUCUGUAUGUUGUAUGCUUUAUUUGGGAUCCCCCUGAUGUUCUUGGUCCUGACAGACAUGGGAGACAUCCUUGCAACUGUCUUAUCCAAGUCCUACAACGAGUUCAGGAAACUACAGUCAAAAAUUCUUGCCUCUAAACUCUGCUCUGGAUCCACAUGUAGCAAAAGGAAUGAACUGAAAUCCAGGGCACAGUCCAAAAUAGUCAUCAACGAGCCCCUGACUAUUAUGGAAGUGCUGAGAAGUCAGGCAGGUGUGAAACCAGUCAAAUAUCGCAACGUGGAACUUUUUGAAAUGUUAAUUGCCAGGGAGAAUGAAAACACACAACCAGCAAGAAAUAAAAGCAUAGAGAGAUGGAGUUCAUGUCCUGAACUAGCCAGGGAAAAGACAGUGUCCAGAGUAAUCAAGAAUUUUGACAAAAUAGGAAAAGAGUUAGAAAAAUUAGAUGUGCCCAUUGUAUUGAUGGUGCUCGUUAUCUUUGUGUACAUCUCCUGUGCUGCUGCUAUUCUUCCAAACUGGGAAAAAAAUAUGGAUUUUCAGGAAGCCUUUUAUUUCUGCUUUAUCACUUUGACCACUAUUGGAUUUGGAGAUACAAAAUUAGAACAUCCCAAGUUUUUCUUGUUUUUUUCCCUCUACAUUAUAAUUGGCAUGGAAAUUGUCUUCAUUGUUUUUAAACUGGGCCAAGACCGCUUAAUUGUUCUGUAUAAGAAGGUGAUUUCAUUUUGUGCAGAGAAAAAUAUGCCAUCAAAGAAGAUAUACCCAAAAUAAGAGCAGUCAUUUCUCCUUCACUUGUCAGCAUUGGCCACUGCAGUGAGAUGAAAUUGUUUCUGUGCAUUUCUGCCCUGGGCUGGCAGGUGCCAUAUUUUAAUCUGAUUUCCUCUGAGAAAUGACUGUGAAAUGGCUGAACGCCUCUGGAGGCACUUGGUGAAGGCAUCUCCAGGGAGUACUUUCCAGAGGGGUCCCUUCUCCUAAAUAACCACAGAUGCUCCAUGAUGAAGAAGCUGAAGGCUCUCCCUGCCAGUUCUCCCUGACAUUUUUUGCAAAGCUCUGACUUUCUGCAGCCUUUCUGUCCCCCUCUCCCACUGCAAGCAAAUUCAGGAAGUUUGUUUUCAGUACUCGUCCAAGCAAGACCCAGAUCUCCUGGAAGGUCCUGUCCUGCCACCUGCUCUGCAGCCAGCUUGGCUGUGUCUGUCUGUCCUGAGCUGUGACACCCUGCUGCUGCCAUCUGCUCUUCAUCAGAGAGCUGGGGAGGAGAGGUGUGGACCCAGCUGCUGUGUGUGGCAAACACCACGCCUGGCACAGCUCAGGGAAAUGUUCCAUGCAAAGGAGG